CCCGUCUCUCGCCACUCCGCCGCCUACCGCCAUGGCGACCACUGCCGCGAUGUGUGCGCCCGCGCUCGUGCUCCUCCUGUUGCUCGUGUUGAUGGACGCGCCCGGCGCCGCGGCCCAGAGGCUCGGCUUCGGCAGGUGCCCGUCGCACCGCGGCAUGCGGGACUUCGACAUCAAGAAGUUUGAAGGGAAGUGGUACGAAGUUGAGCGCUCGUUCUACUUGUAUGAGAUCAUCAGCAGCUGUACUUCAAUCUACUUCUCACCAAAGCCUUCUGGAAAUGUGAAAGUGGCUAUUAAGACUGUAAACAGAUUAACAGGCAGCAUGAGUACAAGCCUUGGCUCAGCCAACCCACUCUAUGAAGGUUCUGCAACUCUUAACUACAGAGUGAACACAAGGCUUCCUUCAGCAGUUGCAAGGAUGAUGCCUGGUGUUGGCUUGUACACAAUUCUACAUACAGAUUAUGACAACUAUGCAAUUCUGUGGUCUUGCUCCGAUCUCGCUGUUAUGCAUGCAGAUUUGGUUUGGGUGCUGGGAAGGAAGAAAGAACUUCCAGUGGAAGUCCGAGCCCAAGUGUACAACAAACUCGUUGAACUUGGUAUUGAUACUGAAAGGCUCACACUAUCACGUCAAAGAAAUUGCCCUGUCUUUUAACUGCUUGGUGUUCUCCCUCAAGGACUGAGAAUGUACAGCAGAUAACUCAUACAGACAUUGCCCAAGUGAAACAUUGAGAAGUGGUACAUGUAGCCAAGUAAAAACCCACGAAAUGGCCUCUAGAGAUGUUACUCCAAAACUCUAAGAUGAAAUGCAGGAUCUUUAUGAUCACAACACUAAUAUGGAGUGACAAGGCAGUGAUGUGAACUUACACAAUUGGCAUAUGGACUUCUUUCCAUCAACAUAAAUUCAUUUCCAUAGUGCACAUUCAUUUUCAAAAUGUGUUUAACUUGAACGUUCUCAUUGCACAAACUUACUCUGUUAGUGACAUUAAAAAUAUUUUAUUUAUUUAAGUAACUCAAGGCUUAUAGUUGAUGUCAACAGUACUUCUGUAUGAAGAGACUGUGCUUGGAUCAAGAGGUUCAUCUCUUUUAUAUACUUAAUACUUUCCUUUGUGUCAGUGUUGUAAAAGUGACAGCCUGUUAUAUUUUAAUGAUGUGUAAUUCAUCAGUGUAUGAUGAAAUGCCUCAUCUGAGUAAAAUGUAAAUCAUUUUUUGAUAUUAAAAAAUAAAAAUUAAUUACUGAAA